UAGCAGCCAUCUUACGUACCGUCUGCACAAGGCGAGGGAAUGAGAUAUCCGCUGGAACAGUUUAAGGAAAAUCUAUUCCUUUUUUUCAAGGAUACUCGAUUAUACGACACCGUAACUGAAGAUAUUUGUGGCAAGUCAUUUUGCUGACGCAAUUGUUGAUUUUUAUCCACAUCUCCUGUUUGGGCGCGCUAGGAAACCGUCUCCAAACAAGCCCGUUCACUAGCAUGGAAGCUAGCUGGAAAGCGAUGGAUUCGUGGCUGCCAUCAUCAGCGUAGCUAUCUUCUAAGCCACACAACCCUAUCAGGGGGAUGGACUGUGGUGUAUGUUCACUGAGGGGCGCUAACUGUAGACUAUGAUUUUUUGAGGUGCAAUUUAUUUUGAACACGGUCAGAUGUGUGUGUCAUGGACAGCGUUUGAACAAUUGGAAUUCACACAACCUUCUGUCAGCUUCCCUUCAGAUUGAUCGCGCGUGAUUUGGGAAAAGUGGAAUGCUGAUUGCAUGAAACAAGCGAGUGGAAAUUUCAGCAUUCAAGCAACUCGGGUGUCCUGCAAAGUCUAAUUGCUAAAUGCAGGUAGAAAAUCGUAAUCAGUAAGCAAUGCCAAUAAUCAUGGACCUAUGCAAAUACGAGUAAUAGUAACGGUGAUGCUAUCAAUGUCCAGUCGGACGAGGCUUGUAUGUUGUUGAGUGACCUGGAUACAUCCACUCAAUACAUUGCAUAAGACAGUAAAGCAACUUCACCCGGCAGCCUUUGUACAUUUUUUAGGCCAUCCCGUAACUUUGAAUGAAUUAUGAAUAUGAGUAGGAUACUACGUUGCAUUGUGUGUAGGGAACCACAGAGUUAAAAAGUACACUAGGUAGCUGUUUAGCUACCAACUGGACAUCGGCAUUAUCUACAGUUUUUUUUAUUUUAUUUUUUACUUCUCUGGUGAUAUUUUGAAUCACAGACGUUUCAUUGCCACGAACUGAGUUCAACACGCCAAGAAUCGCAACGAGGAUGUUUUCAAAAGCUCCAUGUGGCUGGCUGAUCUCUCAAUCAGUCAUCUAAUGCUACUGCUAUAAAAAGGUACUCUUGAUAGGUUGGACUUUAAUCCCAGGGAAUCGUGGCUCCAGGAUUUAAUCUAAAUAAAGAGUUUUUGUAUUUGAUCGACAAUGGGAUCAGCAACAAAACUGGCAUUCGGCGUUUUUCUCAUCUCGUGUUCUUCAGGCGCCAUCUUGGGCCGGUCGGAGACCCAGGAGUGCGUCCACUACAGCUACAACCCCACGGACUCCGCCGACCUCCGCGGGAACCGCAGCGCCAUCGAGACGUGCCACGGCGAGAAGGACAAGCGGCGGCACUGCUUUGCCACCUGGCGCAACGUGUCGGGCGUGGUGGAGGUGGUCAAGCAGGGCUGCUGGCUGGACGACAUCAGCUGCUAUGACAGUGCUGAAUGUGUAGAGAAGAAAGAAGCUCCGGAGGUGUUCUUCUGCUGCUGUGAAGGCAACAUGUGCAAUGAGAAAUUCUUCUUCAACCCAGACAAACAAACAGUACCAACAACGUCUAACCCUGUCCCCCCUAAGCCAGCGAUGGUGACCACCCUCAUGUACUCCCUGGUUCCCAUCAUGGGGAUUACAGCCAUAAUCCUGUUCUCCUUCUGGAUGUACCGCCACCACAAGCUGGCGUACCCACCCGUGCUGGUGCCCACCCAGGACCCGGGACCCAUGCCUCCAUCCCCCAUCCUGGGGCAGAAACCGCUGCAGUUGCUGGAGAUUAAAGCCAGGGGGCGCUUUGGCUGCGUGUGGAAGGCUCAGCUGCUCAAUGACUAUGUGGCUGUGAAGAUCUUCCCCAUUCAGGACAAGCAGUCGUGGCAGAACGAGUAUGAGAUCUACAACCUGAGCGGCAUGAGGCACGAGAACCUGCUCCACUUCCUGGGCGCAGAGAAGAGGGGCUCCAACAUGGACAUCGAGCUGUGGCUGAUCACCACCUACCACGAGAAGGGGUCGCUUACUGACUAUCUGAAGGCCAACGUGGUGUCGUGGAGCGAGCUGUGUCACAUCGCCCAGACUCUGGCCCGAGGCCUGGCCUACCUCCACGAGGACAUCCCUGGGCUGAAGGAUGGACACAAGCCUGCCAUCGCUCACAGGGACAUCAAGAGCAAAAACAUUCUGCUGAAGACCAACCUGACGGCCUGCAUAGCUGACUUUGGCCUGGCCCUGAGGUUCGAGGCAGGGAAGUCAGCUGGAGACACUCAUGGACAGGUGGGCACCCGUAGGUACAUGGCUCCGGAGGUCCUGGAGGGGGCCAUCAACUUCCAGAGAGAUUCCUUCCUUAGGAUAGACAUGUAUGCUGUGGGCCUGGUGCUCUGGGAGCUGGCCUCACGCUGCAAGGCAGCUGACGGCCCUCUGGAUGAGUACAUGCUGCCCUUCGAGGAGGAGGUGGGCCAGCACCCGUCCCUGGAGGACAUGCAGGACGUGGUCGUCCACAAGAAGCUCAGGCCCACACUCAGGGAGUGCUGGCAGAAACACCCCGGUCUGACCAUGCUGUGUGAGACCAUAGAGGAGUGCUGGGAUCACGAGGCGGAGGCGCGCCUAUCGGCCGGCUGCGUGGAGGAGCGCGUCAUUCAGAUGCAGCGUCUCAACAAUGUCACCGCGCCUGAGGAGAUCGUCACGGUGGUCACCAUGGUCACCAACGUAGACUACCCCCCAAAGGAGUCCAGCCUAUGACUAGGCUGAGGACCAAUCAGAGCAGGGCUGACUGGGCUGAGGACCAGUCAGGGUGGGGCCGGUGGGCCGGACCCUGCAUGGGCUCAGCCAAUGAGCUACAGUGACUCUUACCUGUGCUCGUCUCUGAUUGUACACAAGUUGUCAGCCAAUCACGGAGAGGAUCUGGAUUCACAUGUGGGGAUUCCCGGUUUAGACUGCGUUGUGUGACGGUUAGCAACACGUGUGCCUGAAGACUGCCCCCCCCAUCCCCCUCCUCCCCCCCUUGGAUCCAGGAGGUGGGGGGAGAAACAAAGCCAGGAGAAAAGCAAUCAUCUAGACUUCUAUUUGGACACACUGGUGUCCAGGACCUUGACAAUGACUCAGUAAUUUUAAGGUUGACCCUUUGACUGAUAUCUUUCUCUCUCUUUUUUUCAUUUUUUUUUUUUUUCAUUUUUUAUUAAAGAUGAGGAAAAUUACUUCCUGGACUUCUUUUUUUGUUUUAGUUUUUUUUUAAGAAAAGCAGGCGUGGAUAGAGCCCACACAAACAGUUCACUUCAUUUCAGUAUAAAAAAGGGCAACUUGGUUUUUAAAAACACGAUUUGCUGUUUUUGUGUUUCUAUGAAUGACUAUUGUAAUGCCAAUAAGAAACAGCUUCUGAAUGUCUGUGUAUUGCUGCUGUAUAUAUAUCAAGAGAGAGUGUGUGAGAGGGAGAGAACAGCGUAAUCAAGGUUGUUUAUCCAGACCUGCACCGCAGCGUUUCUUCAGAAUUACCAUCAACCUCUCAACAAGGUAUACCUCAGUUUCACAUUCUACAAAUAGUGAGUUUCUAUGGCAACACUAAGACCACUGCAGAAUAUUCAGACGACCGUGUUUGGUAUUGAAGCAUUUUUAAGUGGGGGGGGUGGGAGGGGUGCGGGACUUUUAAGUAUGCCAACGUAAAAUGGCCAUUCAAAAACCAGUGUCUCUGCCUUGUAAGCUUCUGUGUUCCUAUGUUGCCCCUGCGAUUCAAAUGUGACUGUGAGCGUUGUUGUUUUACUGAAAAUGUUAGACCUUUUUUGAGAAGAAUAUCCCUGAAAAUAUGAAUAUCAGAGUUCAAAGAAAAUAAUAUUUUAAAGCCCUUGUUAGGUUUGCAGUGUCACACAUAAGCGCAUGCCUUCUGUUUGGUUUUCAUUCUGUCCUUUUUUUUUUAUUUUGUCCUUUGUAAGUUUUGAGCCUCUGUUUAUAAGUGACGCUGGUGUCGGUUGUGGAACCCCCCCCCCCCGAUGAUUAUGAUUUAUAUAUAAUUUUUUUCUGAUAUGGAGUUGCAAGUUCUACCUUCCCUCUGUGUUUUUUUCAGAUUAUAGUCUGCUACUUGUACCCAGUAUCACCAUAGCUCAGGAAACACAUCUCUAUCUAUGGUCCCCUCUGUCUGCAGGCUGUCACUUCCUCCUGCCAUUGUGUGGUGACGUCUCAGUGGAGGGUCGUAUGCAAACGUUAGGUCUCGAAAGCAGGCCAAGUUCUGCUCGAGCCUACUUGGUCUACUUCGCGAGGUAAAAGAUGGCAUUGCGAUGUAGAGGAGAGAACAUCAUGAGGUAGUGGAUAUCAUUGCGGCUGACGACAGGUUUUACAAUGUAGCCAUCAUGGAGUCGAACCUUGUCUGCCCUCUCUUUGUCACCCUGUCCGCCAUCAACAGACACGUUCCCUUCUUUGGAUAUACGCCCUAUUUUCAGAUGGCAAACACAUAAAUCUAAACUCAAAAGGCUAAUGGAAGCUUGUAGGUUGAUUGAAAUGACAAGGCGAGAAGCUCUGAGUAGCUUAAGCAUCUUAACACAGUGAUGUGUUCAGUAUUCUGGCUCGCCCUCUCUAGAGGGGAUGCUACACUGGUGGCUUCAGUCUGUGCUUCUGCCUCUUCACCAACAGAGACAUUCAGGGAUAUAACACUAUGUUUCUACUCAGCUAACUGUAUGCAAUCCAUGUUGGAGCAAACACUGGUUCGCCAUUGCCUCAACUGACAUUUCAGUGUAGCGUUUAUUUGUUUUGUUUUUAGCUAUAAAAAAAAAUCUGAUGUCUUGUUAAAAACCAGGAAAUCCUCUGGCCAUGGUAAAGUACAACACGUACGGUUGCCAACUCAAAGGUGCAAGAACGUAUGUUUUGAGAUUCAUAACGACUGCAACACAACCUUGUAGACUUCUGGUCUUUUUGAAGGGGCUGUCUAAUGUACAGUAGCAGCCUGAGCGCUUGGGGUCUCUCCUUUGCGUUACUGGUGUCCAUACUGUAGCAACAGAAACUCAGCCAGGCUGUGAAGGUCUGGACGAUGACUGUACAAGAGGCACAGCUAGCCAAGAUGACCACAACCAGUAGACUGUCUGACUGAUGCAACGGCUGCCAUUUUGACACUUCUCACCUGUAUUGCGUGUAGCACUGAUGCUGAGGGGGUCCUAGGUCAGAUCAGGCAUUCAUUUCCAAGUUCCACCCUUGCAGGAUGUUGUUUUAACAGCUGCUGUGCAGAUGGUCUGUGCCCUGAGAGAGGGAUGUUUCUGACCAAAACAGGCCCAGGUCUUUAGCAUGUGGAGCCAUGAGUUAUCUGUUCUUUCUGCUCCACGGUACUUCUAAGAGGCGCGUGUUAAAUCUAGCCUGCUUAUUUACCCCUUUAACAAAAAGCCAAACCCCCUUCAAUGACAAUAGCAGAUGACUGGAUGGAAGAUGCACAGUAUGUACAUAUGAAUGUUGUUUUAGAUUGUGAUCUUAGCAUGAGGUUGUUUUUUAUGGUCUCAAGACAUAAAAGAAAAAAAAAUCCUUUUAUAAUGUUAAUAUUUAAAAAGAAUGAUUUUAUGUUGUUUAUUUUAUAUAUAAUUGUAUUUUAAAAAUUGUUUUAAUAGUAAUUUAUGUCAAGGCCCAAACAACACUAAAAUUCCUCUUUGAAAGAGAAAGUCUUUACACUAGUCAAAACUCCCAGGAUCAGCUUAUGCGUUACCUCAGACAUCUCUGUUGGUGCUCAUUCUCACAAAAUUGGUCUGUGUUCCAGGCAAGUGAUCUCACAACGUCAUUACGACGCUGUGACCAUCACCUGUGAUAUAAGACCAGCAACGGGUUUUUCUUUUCAUUUUCACUCUAUGCUGACACAAUAUUUCAUCACAGUAGAACGUUUCCAUAAACUGAAGCGUGUUACACGUUUUGCGGAUAUAUUCAUUCAAGGCAUCUUACCACCCUAAUUAAAACCUGACACGUGUUCCUUUGUUUUGCAAGAAUUUAACAAACUGUUUCAGGGCUUGGUCGGAAGUGAUUGUUGAAUAUUGUACAGAAGAAAUUAUGUAUGCUAUUUCUCCCCCUAAAUAAAGUAUAGUGACUGCUGAA